AUAUUCCGCCGCUACAACAAGGCAGGCUUUCAAGUCAAGAUCAUCAAGUGUGAUCGGGCAUUCAUUCCUCUCACGGAUGAUAUGCUAGACGAUAUGGGUGUCACUAUUGACCCGACUGCAGCUGGAGACCACGAGCCUACAGCUGAGCAAAAUAAUCGAACGCUGAAAGAGAGAGUUAGAGUAGCUCUUGCACGAUUACCCUACAAAGUGGUACCAAAGGUGAUCAAUGAAUGUCUUGGGCGUUGA